GCUUUAUAUUUAUUGCUGUAAAUCGACUUCAGAAUUUCCACAGCAGAAACCACCAAGUAGCGGGAAUUGUCCGGCAACCCUAGAAGCUAGAAGUAACUCUUUCCUCUCCACCCAGCUCUACCAAUAUGGCAUCCCUGGACACUGAUAUCAACAUGAUUCCGGUCGGCGAGGGCUCCAGUGGAGCUGGUCCAUCGUCUUCGUCGUCGACGAAGAAGCCGAAGCGUUUCGAGAUCAAGAAGUGGAAUGCAGUCGCUCUUUGGGCAUGGGAUAUCGUCGUGGAUAACUGUGCUAUUUGCAGGAACCACAUCAUGGAUCUAUGUAUCGAGUGCCAAGCUAAUCAAGCGAGCGCAACAAGCGAGGAGUGCACGGUGGCUUGGGGUGUAUGCAACCAUGCGUUCCACUUCCAUUGCAUCAGCCGAUGGCUCAAAACCCGUCAAGUUUGCCCACUGGAUAACAGCGAGUGGGAAUUUCAGAAGUAUGGCCACUAGGAUCAACCAGGCGUACUGGAAGUUGGGCCUGUAUCAUGAUAUGUUUGUUAUUAGCUGGAUGGAAGUAGAAAAGAAAAACCAGAAUAGGGAUAUGAUAAAUCACUCCUUGAUCCCAUCUUUCUAUUUUGGUGUAAUGUUAAAAAUCUUUGAGAAUCUCUGGCCCUGGACAGUACAGAGCUAGUAGUGCUCUUUGUGCAGUUUCCAAUUCAUUUUCGAUGGGAUGAUCAUGAUGAAAACUGCAGAAUUUAUUUCUCUUUAAACUGCUGUUAAUUACUUUAUAAUUGUUAUUUUUGUGCAAGAGGAGUGCUUACUGCCUAGCUAUAUUUACUUGAA